AUGUCUACUGAAACCCCCACCCUCAGAUUGGGAUCUACUGCCCCUGACUUUGAAGCCGACACUUCGAACGGCCCCAUCAAGUUUCACGAUUACAUUGGCGACUCGUGGGCCAUCUUGUUCUCCCACCCCGAUGACUUCACCCCCGUGUGUACCACAGAACUUGGUGCUUUCGCCAAGUUGGAACCCGAGUUUUCCAAGCGCAACACCAAGCUCAUUGGCUUGUCGGCUUCGUCUGCUGAAAAACACAGAGCUUGGGCCGUGGACAUCGAAGACGUUACUGGUGCCAAGGUGGGUUUCCCCAUUAUUGCCGACCCCGAAAGAAAGAUUGCUCACUUGUAUGACAUGAUUGACUACCAAGACGCCACCAAUUUGGACGACAAGGGUGUUCAGCUUACCAUUAGAUCGGUGUUUAUCAUCGACCCCCUGAAGAAGAUCAGAUUGAUCAUGGCUUACCCUGCGUCCACUGGUAGAAACUCUGCCGAAGUGAUCCGGGUGUUGGACUCAUUGCAAUUGGGAGACAAGAACCGGAUUACCACCCCGAUCAACUGGGUCAGAGGCGACGACGUCAUUGUUCACCCUUCGGUUUCCAAUGAAGAGGCCAAGACUCUUUUCCCCAAGUUCCGCAUUAUCAAGCCCUACUUGAGAAUGACCCCCUUGGAAGUGUCUGACCCUUGA